AUGAUGCUAUUGCAACUUUCGCCUGUCCUGGCUCUGGCCUACGCCGCCGCCACCCAUGCAUCCUGCGGAGGAAACCGGAGUCUCGAGGCUCUAUUCGGCCCUCAUGUGUCACCUGGUACCGAGAUAGCAUCGUCAUACGAGGCCGAAUUUUCGACCAUAGUCGGCCCCCGAUGGUCGACCUGGGAAUCUCCUGCUUGGUCUGGCGCAAUCAAACCCGCCCUGGUAUCCGAUCUCAAGCAGAUUGUGCAAAUUGCGGCAAGGAAUAAUAUCCCCUUCAUUGCAACCAAUGGCGGACACGGAGCCAAAGCUGGCCUCAGCGCGUUUGACGGUCUCAACAUCAACCUCCAAAACUUCAACACGGCCAGUGUCGACACAGUCAGCAACCGUUUGACACUGGGGCCCGGAGCUACUUUGGGGGACAUGGUGACUGAGGUGUUCUCUGCUGGAAAGGAGAUACAAACAGGAAAUUCGUGGUGCCCAGGUGGGAUCGGUGUGACCCUCGGUGGCGGCAUCGGCAUGCUGAUGGGCCUACACGGGCUCAUGAUCGACAAUCUACAGUCCGUCGAGCUGCUCACCGCUUCGGGCGAUACGGUGACGGCUUCCAAGGACGAGAAUGCGGACCUGUUCUGGGGGAUCCGCGGCGCGGGCCAGAACUUUGGCAUCGUCACCGAGGCGACCUACACCGUGCACGACCAGACCAACGGGGGGUUCGUCACCGAGGCGAACUUCUAUUACACGGCGGCCCAGAACCGAUCGCUGUGGGAGCUGAUUACGACCUUCGAUGACGUGCUGCCUGCCAAGCUGUCGCUGCAAACCGCCAUGCUAUACAAUGCCACGACCGGCACGGCCAGUAUCUGGUUGGCGGCCUGGUACAUUGGUAGCCUCGACGAGGCACAGCCGUACCUGGACCAGUUCACCGCUCUAGAGCCGUUCGCGACGGAGAUGCUUAACUUGACGCAGGUUGAAGUGUACUACCAGUCCGUCACAAGGGGUGUCUGUGAGACAGGCCACACGCUCACUGCCUACACGAUGGGCGUUGGGCGCACCGACCCCGACACCCUCGAGUCCCAUUUCGCUGACUAUGUGGCCUUCUCCCGGGCCAAUCCCUACUACUUUGGCCAGUCAUUCAUGCAGUGGUACAGUAACGGCGUCAACUUGCAGACCCCGAACGACGCGACUGUUUUCCCCUGGCGAGACGUUCAAGCAUGGUGGCUCCUCGAGAAUAUCAUCCUGGACGAUUCCCUAUUGACUGCCGUCGACGACUGGUCCGUGUCCCAACGCGACAAGUUUCAUGCCACCAGCGGCUUCACUGAUGAGCACAUCUAUGUCAACUAUGCCAUUGGCGACGAGGGUCCAGCGGCUUGGUGGUCCGAGGCGAACUUGCCGAAGCUACGAGAACUCAAGGCUAAGUGGGACCCCGAGAACCUGUUCGGAAAGGGCUAUGCUCUGCAGUGA